UCAAUAUAACAUUAUCAACGAAGACACCAAAAUUGGUGAAGAAGUGAUCACAUUUAAUAUGGUGUAGGAAAACACCUAAAACCAAGCCUCCGAAAUAAACCAAUCAGAAUCUAGCAUAUAUAGCAUUUUGUCUGCGCGAGUAAAUAUGAUUGCUGCGAUCAAUAGCAUGGUAUUUUUAUCUUCCUGCUGAUGGAGUAUUAACAAAUUUUAUACCCGGUGUUCUUCAAGAAAUGCUGCGUUGUAAGUUAAUGUUGUCAAGUCUGUUUCGCAUCUACGUGAUCCUGUUCGUUAUUGACUCCGUGUUCAUCACUGACGUCCAAUCUUUAAAUCUACUUCCACACGGGAAAAACGUGAAUACAACCUACGAAACGCAGAAGAUUAUUGUAAAAACGUGGGAUAAAAUUCUCAAGCACAAAAAGGUCUGCACAUGGAGUCCGUGCCAUUGGGCUAUUUGGUUUAUUGAUUGUAAAAAGUGCAGGAAUGUAUCUUACUAUGAGAGUUCAAGUAGACAAGGAAGUUACGAAAACAGUACCAAAAUACGUAUGUAAACACGGAUGGAAGCAAAGUGGCCGAGAAUGUACAAUACCAAUUUGCAUCAAAAAUUGUGAAAACCACGGCUCGUGUAUAGCACCUGACGUUUGUAACUGUACCGCGCAGUGGAAUGGCACGAGAUGUGAGUAUGAUGUUGACGAAUGCGACGCGGACAGCGGUGUUCCUAAUUUGUGCCAAGAAAAGUGCAUAAACUACCCCGGAGGAUACAACUGCAGUUGUUCAACCGGUCAUGUUUUAACGUCAAACGGGAAGAAUUGUUCAGAUCACGAUGAAUGUGCACACAACGAACAUGAUUGUCAACAGGGAUGUUAUAACUACCCUGGGGGAUAUAGAUGUACAUGUGUAGCGGGUUACACAUUAAAUAGUCAAGAUAACAGAACAUGUAAAGCCAAUGAAUGUGAGCAAUUACAAGGACCGCCAGUUAAUGGUGAUGUGCGUUGCACUGGCAAAACCACUGACCAUUCUUGUGUUUUCGACUGUAAUACUGGUUACAGGUUGAAUGGUUCUCGCCGACGCGUGUGUAGUGCGAGCGGAAAGUGGACUGGGGAUAAGACAUCUUGCAUAAUGAUUUAUUGUCCUAAAAUCAAGCGACCUCCUCAUGCCUUUGUUUAUUCACCUUGUGAGACACAUUUCGGCUCAAAUUGCACGCUGGGAUGUAUCAAAGGAUAUUUCAUGGAAGGACAGAGCAAGGCCAUGUGCAAUGGUAAUGGUAGUUGGCAUCUAGGAAACUCGUCAUGUCGAGAAAUUUCUCCGUGCGACAAGAAUCCUUGUGCACACGGCGGAGUCUGUACCCAGCUCAGCUUCGACCGUUAUAUCUGUGAUUGUACCAAAACAGGCUACGCAGGAACAAACUGUCAAAUUGGGUACAUCACUACUCCCAGUUAUCCUACACUAUCCACGAAAAUAUCAUCGGGACCUUUGACGUUUCGCUCCUCGCCUCUGAAUUCAGGCGAUUUGAUACUCACACCGAGAAGUCGUGACGUAAUUUUUAGUCCGGCUCAAAUGAGUUUCAAUUCCACUGUCCAAAGUCAAUCCGUGACAAUUACCUCGCGAAAAAUUGGCAUACACAUUGUCACGUAUUUUAUAUCUGGUCGGCAGGCCCAUACAUUUUAUUCACCAGAAAAUGACGUCAUACUUGUGGACACCGCUGAAAGGUCGACUGAUCACUCGAAUUUUACAUUGGACGAGACUGUUCCUAUUGGUUGCAAUAACAUGAAAUUGACUCAUUGUUCUUAUACAGAUGUCAUUAUGAACGUUUCGUCAACAUCUCCAUGGAAACGUUACGGACCAAUAGCUUCAUCUGAUGGUGUUAUCGUUUUGCGUACAAACACUGCUACUUUUCCAUUGUCUCUGUUGGGCACCAGUCUUCCAAGUGGGGCUCGGUCAAAAAUAACGAAAAAUUGCAAUAAUGAUUAUGACGACGUAAAAAUCAAGAAACUUAUGAAUGAUCUUGUGUUGGCACGAUCUUUUUUAAAAGCAGUAAAACCUUCUUUGCCAAAGUGGUUAAAACUUAUCUUAAAAAAGGAAAUGUUUCCAAGUCAAUUUCAAACUUCUGACGUUGAAGUGGAAUUGUUAUCUGGUGAAGAACUACAGUCAAAGACAUUUGCGAAAGGUCAACCUAUCUCUGAGAAAUCUUCUUAUUUACUGUUGCGGUCCUCCAAAAUUAUCAUUUCCAUUGGAAACAAUGACAAAGCAAUAAAAACCUAUGACCACAGCCAUGAAAUCUCAUUGGCUAUUGAGCUUUGCAGUGACUCAGUUAUCUUGAGUUGGCAUAAAGACUAUGCUGAAGCUAUUAAAAUUCUACUUUAUUUACAUCUAUCAAAGACGCUGCCAAUUGUGACAAAUUUGCCAAAACAGCGAUUUUGGGACGGUUUUGUUCUCAUUCGCAGCAACAUUGUCAUGAAGGGGAAACUUGCAUUAGUGGGCGAGUUGACAAAAGCGUUUGACAAUAAAAGUCGUUGUAGUCUUGAAUUUAAAGGGACCAUGGUCAUUGAUGUUUCUGAAAUUGACAACAUGAUAAAAUCACCAUUUGAUCAAACGUGGAUGAUUGAACUAUAUGGAAAUCUCAUAUUAUCAGUGGAGUUGAUGGUGGAAGGCUUCAUGAGCAGCAUGGUUCUCUCUGCUCACGAGUCUUCUAGUUUUGUAUCAUUUGGAGACGACCAAACUCGACAAGGCCUGUAUAUUUCUCAUAAGUUUAAAGAGUCACCCUUUCUCGGUUCCGAUCUUGAUAAAUUCCUUGAAGUUGUGACAUCUUACGGUGUGGAAGUCUUCUACGAGAUGGGAGCUCUUCAAUCAAAACCGCUCUCUUUCGAAAAGAACAAUGAUGCGAACGCAAUCAGCAUGAUUUUUCACGGGGCCAUGAGAUUUUACGAAUUGAAAUUCGAAAAUCUUGUCGUUGUGCUCACAAUGCAAGCGGGAAGGAACAGUAGUGUCCUCUUGCACGGCAGAAAAAGUCAGUACGCAAACACAAAUUAUGGCAUUUUCACAUUAAACAACCCCGAAGUACGAAUGUCUUUAUCGAGUCAGUCCCCAAAUCAUUCUUGUGGCUUUUUCCAAAGCACUGUAAGCAUAUUUGGCUUCAAGGAUUCGGUGAAUGUUACAUUUAAUCAUAAUGGUGUUCACUUUCAUGCUGCUGGUAAAGUAUUUGGCACAUUUCUUGCCAACGUUACUUGUCAUGCCUCAUUGAACGCUUGGAAAAACCAAAAAUUCCUCGCUCGUGGUGAAUUUACGAAAAACGAAGCCGGUCUGGUAUCUUCGUUGAAUCGUAAUAUAAAAGAUUACGCUCACAAAGUUUAUGUGAAUGCCUGGAAACGAUAUUCGCUUUACGAGAAAAGGCAGAAACGUGCUGAAGAACGUCUCCGUGCCGUUGAAGAGUUGCUGGAAGACAAGAAACGAGAGGUAAGCAAAACACGACACGAGUACAUUGUUGCCAAAAUGAACUUGGAAAAUGCUCAACGUCGUCAAGACAUUGCUAGCUGGUUAGCUUGCAGGCAAUGCAAACUUAAUAUCACUGGAAAAUCAAAAAAUACAUGUUUGUCGACUUGUUAUAAGUCUGUGACGCGUCGAGUGAAGACGAAUACAAGCCGGGUGUCGUGUGUAAGACACCAAUGUGACAGAAUAUAUCACAAAGAAGGUCUUAAAAAUCUACAACUGCAGCAAACCUUAAGUGAACUUCAAAAUGACAUCUUCUCUUUUGGUAGAAGCGGUUAUGUCCAACGAACUUAUGAGAGGCAUCAAACUUCUAAUAUUUUCCCAGGAUAUCAAAAACACGGAUUAUGUCUCAAUUCCAAAUGCAAGCCGACAUCGUAUAGGUUUUACAACAAAAACAUUCGCAUUGGUUAUUGGAAUUGCAGCGUGCUCCCGCAAACUUGUGGUACUCUCGGUUCUCGGUAUGAAUCAUACCAGGUUUCUUACCUGUGCGAGAAACCGUGCGACAGCUUAGUUGCAACUGAAACGUUGCCUUCGACGUGCUGUACACGAGUUCCGUGCGCGUUUCGUUCCGUGAAUCGUACUUGUGUGGCUCAAAAUCAUUUCUGCAAUCGAUUACGAACGGAUGCGUUGAAAAAACUCGCCAACUCGAGCAACGAUAUUGACCUAUGGAAGAGUGUAGAGGAUGCUGUGGGAGAGGUGCAUAAACGUCGUAUGGAAGCACGAUUGGCCGAGAUUCGUUUGAAAUCAGCCCGUGUGCUUUUAAAUAUUACCCAAGACUGCGUAAAACGACUUCGAAAAACUUAUAAUAUGAGCUUGAACGCUGGAUAUAAUGUUUCGCGGGCUCUCUGGAGAAAACUAAAGUUAAGAAAUAUCUUCUUGGAUAACAUGAGUGUUGUAGAGAAUGCGAGUUUCUCGGUUUAUGUUCACAAGGAAAGGGAGAGUUAUUUACUUCCUGUCAAACUAAAGGUUAAAAUCCAAGGUAAAAGUGGAGUAUUUGCUGCUGUCAUUGACUUCAAAAAUGUUGCACUUUCAUCGAAAAACGCAGCGCACGAGAUUGUCAGAUUUUAUGGUAAAAUUGAAGAUAGCAAUUACAACGGUGGAGAAAAACAGUACUCCGAGGGCAGUUCUGAUGAAAAGACAUUUGCCUUGUCAAAUCUAAAGAAGUACCACAAAUUAUGUUCGGAGUUCACCAAUUAUAAGAGUGUACUUCGGGACAUUGCGUCAGACUUAUUUUAUUCGACAACAGAGGUGAUAAAAAACAUUAAAAAUUUUACGAAAGUCGAGACAGCAAUUUACCCCGUAAAUGUAACAAAAAUAUUGGAAAGCUUCAAUUCAGAAUACGCAUCAAAAUUAGGCGUUGCAAUAGAUAAAGAGUCGUAUUAUAGAAGCCUUGCGAAUGAUACAAUAAUGCUGGAAUCUCUGCAAAUUGAAAAGGAAGCUCGUCUGGACGGACUAAAGCCGGCAAAAUUAUACUUUAAAUUACUUUUAAAAAAUUGGUUUUCUGCGAUGGAAAAUCUAUUUGAUGUCGUCGCAACGAAUUGUAACGGCUUGGAAGAUUGCGUUUUUUACGUGAUAAAUCGUCUUCACGAAGUAAACGAAGCGCAGGGCUUUCCUGGUUCUCAGCGGACUCGCAAGAUGAUCGAGAAAAUACGGAGAGAGUUCGGACAAUUCAAACGAACUGAUUUCUCAACUCGGGAUGCUAACAAUGCAUCUUCAAACGUUUUGAACAUUUUAAAUGACAUGAACGCGGUAAAACUGUUUUGUGCACGGCCACCAAAUAUUACGGAACAGCCCGAACCAUUGACGAACAUUGGCGAAGGUAACUCGUUCAAGUUAAAGUGCAAUGCUUCAGGUGACGAACUAAUGUUUUACUGGAAAUUCAAUAACGCUUAUUUAAACGAUCAAACUUCAAACACCUUGUACGUAAAAAAUGCUUCGAGCAAGGAUUCUGGGAAUUAUACCUGCAUUGUUUUCAAUCAUAUAUCCAUGGAAAUAUCUGCAUCAGCUUUCGUUGUCGUUCAUUCCGCACCUCACAUCAAAACUCAACCAGUUGAACGGCUUAAUGCGAUUCUCUUCUCAAACAAUUGGUUAACCUGUAUGGCUGAAAGUCUUGGAAACAACGUUACAUAUCAAUGGUACUUCAAGGCUCUGAAUUCAAGCGUUUUUAUUAAACUAUCUGAAGAAGUGUUUCCUUAUUUGAAUCUCUUAUCGAUUCAAAACGAACAAGAAGGACGGUAUUUCUGUCGUGUUAGCAGUAUUUAUGGCAGUACUCGUUCCACAAACAGUUAUGUUAAAGUUCUGAAUUUUAUUUUGCCCAUACCCCAGGUUCAACUGUCCGUUUCCUUAUCACAAAGCCAGCUAGACUUGCGACGACUUGUGAGAUCUAAUCCUACACAGUAUGAAAAUGCUAAAGCAGGACUUGCGCAAAAAUUGGCGUCGGUGUUGAACAUCACAGCACAGCGCAUUGAGAAUACAUUAACAAAUUCCUCCCUGUACUUCAGCUCAAAUGUCGAAAAUCUACGCGUCGUUAAAUGUAGUGGCCAAAUUCCUGAUCAAAUUUGCAAAUGGUCUUUCAAAUACAACGGAGUCUACAACAAGUCAGGUAAAGAUCCGCUGAAGGUGAUUGGCUCCCUGCGCCGUUUGCGUGCUUUUAUUGGUGGGAUCGCUCAAGCUGUGAACGGCAAUCUGUUAUUUGAACGUGGUAAAAUGAGAUAUUUGGUAGAGAGGAAUUCGCUUAGCAUCGACAGCGUUAAGAUGACUUGCCCACUUGGCACAUCUCUUGAAGAUCUCUUCAAAUGUGUUGACUGCAUUCCCGGAUAUUAUGGACGUAUUAAUGGCAAUGGUAUUGCUAGCUGUCUAGCAUGCCCGUUAGGAACAUAUCAACACGAGAGUGGACGACAAAAUUGUAUUCAAUGCCCUAAAGGAUUCACAACUGUCGACGAAGGUGCAGUUAAUGUAACGCAAUGUAAAGCAUUAAGUACAACUAAAGAACCAAACAUUCGAUACACGACGACGGAAAAGGUUGUCACUCACAGUGAAAAUCACGUGACUACUGACGAGAAGCACAUAACGUCGGGUGAUUUGCUAAAACAAUCUGGAAAUAAAGACAAACGUCUUGUCAUCGGUGGAUCUGUUGCAGGACUCCUUCUACUAUGUGUUUUGGUUCUUGCAUUGUUGCAUUUUGUGAGAAAGCGACUUGCUUUAAAAAGAUCUGGAAACGAAAUGGACGAUAAGAAUGUAGUUGUUGAAGAAGACAAACUUGAGUUACACGCCUGGGACAAUCCAGCGUUUGAUGAAGACGAAAAUCACAAUAGUGAUGAGAUACUCACAGAUAACCCUUCUUCACCUUGUACUUCAUCAUUGUCCCCUAAUGCCGUUCGUCAUCAUAAAUACGAAACAAAUCACGUGGUAAAUGCAGAUUCUAAGGACGAUAACCUCGACGUUUGCGACAGUUACGAAAACGGUGACGCAGUGAUGGUCAAUAUUAAUCCGCUGUAUCAAAGCAAUCCUGCUCUAGAUGUCAAGGAAGAGCAAGAGUCUAUUGAAAAGCGAGAGCCAGACCCACGAAAUAAUGACGUCAUUGAAUUUAAAAAUAAAUUGUACAAACCGUUUCAACCUACGAGUGGGCAGAAGUUCACGUUGACGUUAAAUGACGUCACCAUGGUCGAAGAAGAUGUUUGAUUUUUAGCAUAUGGUAGACUUAAAAAACUUGGCUAGACAACUCGAUAACUACGUAGUUGUUCGAUUGAAUGAUAAAGUUUAGUCGUUCAUUUGUAAACUUGUAAACAGCUUGUUCUUGUUAAAUAGUGUGCAGUCAUAGAAUAUAGUUUAUUUAUAUAUAGUGUUUAACACUCACCAUAAUAGAUGUAGAGUUGUGUUUUAAACAUAGUUGCCGCAUCUCUGUA